AUGGUCAAGGCGGCGCUGCCUUCGAAAUUCGCACUAGCUGCAUAUCUUUACCCAAUUGAGCUCUACCAUAGCCAAAAAGGCUCAUCUGUCGACAAGGUGGGUGACAUUGCCAUUGGAGCAUCUCUCAUGCAUGUCAUCACUGGGCAAUCGCACAUGUUUCGCCACUCACUCAGCACAUCAGCAACAUUAGUAGAGCUUUCCGUCGACUCUGUCGUCUGGUACGACUUAAGCAUCAUUCCACCCAUGCCAAACUACUGCUCAAGUUACCUUGAAUGCAAACUCGGAGGCAAGACAGGUUUCAAUGUUGCCAUUUCGAUUGACCCAACGUCAAAUUUGGACUUACCACAUUGUUCCUGUGUUAAAUGUGCGAGCGAUAACAAUGAAACUUGUGCCGAUGCUUACCAUUUUCCAACGGAUAACAAGAAAAUGCGCGACUGUCCGUUGGGUACAGCAUUCGAUGUAACCUUUUGUUAUGGUGGUAAUGAUCUACUCAAUACAUCUCAAAUUGGACAAUACUUGCCAGACCAGAACGAUAUUGUGCAAAGCGAGGCAGACCAAAAUGAAGUAGAGCAAAACGACAACGAGGUGGAGCAGAACGAGGUUGAGCAACAGGAGCCAUCAACCCCGGACCCGACUUCGACUCCCUCUUUAGACGAACGCACUGAAACACCCGGUGGUCUUGGUAUUGUCAAGACGACAUACACAUACGCUGGAGUUUACGCUGGUAAUUAUCCUGGAACGUACAAUCGUGUGACCAAUCUGAACCAAUGUUCGAAAGAACCGGUGACUCUGCAUAGUCCCGUUGGUCCCAUGUCCGAACCUGUCACAAUGGUCUUCCGUGGUCCCAUGGAAAUUUUCAAUAUUGCUGUAUUCACUAGCGAAGGAGGGAACAGCUCAUGGAAUCGUGCUUCAUACUACGCACGAGAGACAGGUGAAGUCGACAAUAUGACGUUCAUGAACAACAAAAAUGUUGACUAUUCGGGCAAUGGACAACAUGGUCCACAAGGUUAUGCCACAGCUGACGGAAAGGAUAAAGCCGACCAGCCAACGGUCUUUGCAGGUAAAUUAGACGAUGCCUCCGAUCCGACCAAAAUAGGUGGUGGUCCAGGUAUUUCCACGGGUACGGAGAUCAAUAUUUUGACUGGCCAAAAGUGCAAUGGUCAAUGUCUUGGUUUUGCGGGCGACAAUGACUACCAAGGUUGGGGUGGUGGCCGAAAGAUUUUUGUGACAAAAGUCAUGAUGCCAAAGGGUGCGAUUCCAGACCGACCAGCGAUUUGGAUCUUAAAUGCUCAGGUAGUGCACUCGAACCAAUAUGGUUGCAAUUGUCGUGGCAUGGGGCCCGUUGCUGGCUGUGCUGAACUUGAUGUUUCUGAGGUGAUCGAGACCAACUUGCAAGGCGACAUGGUAUCGACUCAUUACUAUCACUUUGAUGGUAAAUAUCCGAAUCCUAAAGGUGACAACUUCGCGCCACGUCGGUACGAUACGCCCACAGUAUACGUGACAAUCAUUGACGACUCGAAAGACGGAGUUGUUAAAAUCGUCGAGCUUGACAGCUUCGACUUUACUCUUACUAAUUUGGAUUCGUUUUAUGAUCAGCUGAUGACCUGUUAA